AUGGAACAUAUUUUGGAGGCAAAGGGGUGUCCAGAUGAUAGGAAGUUGGCCUAUACUCAAUAUCUGCUAACAAUAGAAGUUGGCCAUUGGUGGAACAACAUGAGAGCCAUCCUUGAGAGGCGUGGAACUCCUAUUACUUGGGAGUUAUUCAAGACCAAAUGCUACACAGAAUACUUCCCUGAUAGUGUCCGCUUUGCAAAAGAAGUGGAGUUUCUUGAGCUAACACAAGGAAACAGGUCGGUGACUGAAUAUGCUGACCGCUUUAAACACCUUCUUCGCUUCCGCACGGUGCAAGUGAAUGAAGAUUGGCAGUGCCGGAAGUUUGAGAAUGGUUUGAGGAAGGAUGUCAAGCUUAUGGUGAAGGGAUUACGCAUUCGAGAGUUUCCCGCCUUGGUGGAAAUGGCUAGGGACAUGGAGAAAACCAAGGGAGAACCUGAAGUGCAGCAGAGCCAGAGAGUCCAACCACUGAGGGUUGGCGGACCUGUAGUCUCCAGAGGGGGAUCCAGCUCGAGGACGACCCCUUUCUCUCGACCCACAUCUUUGGGGUCCAGGGGUUCUUCCUCCUCUUCUCAGCCCUCAGUACAGUAG